AUGACAGUUUCAUCUUCGUCUAUACAACGUCCUUUAAUAUUAUCGAAUCACUCCUCGUCACCAUCGGCGUUGAGAUUAUUUGCUUAUUAUGCCGUACAUUGGGAACAAAAUCAAAGUAGUCAAUUGAAAGGUUUAAUCAAUAACGGUGCGCAUAUAGAAAUCAACUCGUGUUUAUAUUUUCAAACUCAAUCCCAACCUGUCAAUCAGACCGAUCUCGACGAUGAUGACAAUGAAUGGGAACAAACACGUGAAGAUGGUUGUGGAUAUGUCAUUACUUAUCCUCCUCAUAUCCAUCCAACCGAUAAUCUUCAAAUCUAUAAUUUCGACCGUAAAAAACAUUUUCUUCUCACAUCGAACGAUGUUUACAAAAAGAGUAAGAAACCGUUUCCAUUUUUGAAGUCUCCUUUUGGAAAAGUUCAUCAGAUGAAGUAA